GCUCGGAGAAGUGUUCUGGAACAAAAAGAAAACAUGCUAAGAAUACCCCCGUGAAGCUCCCGAGAGUUUAUUUUUUGUCUUUGCCUGAUAUGUGUUGGUUUCACCUCUCAAGUUCCCGGGGUUUGCGCGUAAAAGCGCAGCAAACCCGAGCGCGAUCGUCUCCCACCGACGCUCCGGGAGAGAUCGCGAAACUGCCCCUGGAACCUUUUCUUAAAUCAUUAAAUUAAGGCUUAUACCCCAUGUGAAAUAAGUCCCUUUUGUUAGGCCUUCAACGCGUUUUGGCAUUUCCCCGCUUUUGUCUCUUUUUCCCUGCUUUUGUUAGAAAAACCCAUAUGAGGUGUUUAAACAAUACAGUAAAGCGGUCGCCGCCGUGCUCUGCAUGGUCGGUCCGAGGAUUUGGGAUGGCAUGAAGAGCAGUGCCGCUGUGACUCAAGAGUGAAUCUAUCUUCCAGCAAGUUGUCUGACUGUUCAGCAGUCUCUGUGCAUGUAUCUUAAAAUACUUUCUUUAAACAUUGGAAUCCACGGGGAAAUCCCUUGCGUUAUUGUUAGUGUGCAUCACUCAGCUGGUUUGAAGCUUUGAAAUCAAGGGGACACUUCUAUUGUCCUCCUCAGCUAACGCUUUGUUUUCGUUAAAAAAAAGAGCAAAAUACAGAAUUGAACGUGUUCGUUAUUAGGGUGAAAUGGAUUGUUAAGUUUUAAAUGGCCUUGAGCACACGAAUGGGCCCUUUGGCGUGAGCCAGACAAAGAAUUGGGAUGUGUGUCCAGUAACGCCGGGCACGGGAUGGGGAUUUCAAAGAAUCCAGCCUUUGUGCAGGGAGCCAGAGCAGCCCCAGCUCCGCAGCUCGGGUGGUUUCAGGAACUCUCUUUUACUCGGGUGUUGUUUUUAAGUGCAGCUUGCUGACUGCUGGGCCGGCUUUGGAGGGUCAGAACAAUGUGCAGCGGUGUGACAGGACUUUUGUUGCAGCCAGAGCGUGCUUGGAUGUGUGGGACUGUUCUGUCUGUAGGUAUUUCAUUCAUGAGCACAGCACGCUCCCUUUGAAUCCUGGUUUGUGGAAUUCAGAGAGGAGUAGAGACAGAAGCUUGGCCAUUCAACAAAAUACCUAAUUUAUUUAUUUUUUUCUUGGCAAGGACUCUAUGUCAUCAUGCCAGUUGCUAUGGCUCAUUCUGUAAAACAGAAAUCUUAUGGUAUAAAUAGAUUUCUCUACAUUUUAACCUUCAUGUUAGACAACUUGCUUUAGCGGGUUCUUGUACAGUCAUGCAGUUUUUCUGUUGAUUAUUGCCAGAAGUACUGAUACGACUUUUUGUGCAUGUACCUCACAAGUAUUUACAUAAAGCGAUUCUCUUAUUUUUAAAGGAAUCAUAAUUUGAUGGAGAAUCUCAUGGUUACCCCCCCACCUGCAGUCAAAUACUGCGGGAAAUUAGCUUGAGAGAUCCUGUGUUUUGUGGUUUCAGUGUUUUGAGAGGACUUGGCUUGUUAAAUUGAACUUUCCACACUAGCAAUUCCUGCAUCUUCAGAAGAGCCACAUCGGCAAUUUCCAAGUGUGCAGUUUCAUUUGCAUAAUAGGAGCAAUUUGUUGCCAUCCACAGCUCUUCUGUGGAAAUGCAGCCACUGAAAAUUAAAAUACCUUGCAUCCAGCAUUUCCUAGAACAGAGUUUUGUGAGAUUUGUGUGCUCAGAGCAGUGUGUGCCAGGGAUGGGCAGGGAGACAGACCGGGCUGUGAACUCUUCCGUGCCGAUGGUGGCUUUAUCCAGGGCAGUGUCCACCUGUGCAGGUGUGCAGCACCUUGCUGUGCUUGGUGUUCCUGAAUCUCUGUGCUGCUUUGUCUGUGAAAGGCAGUUUCCAUCAGGGCAGACUUUUUUCCUCAGAAAAUCAGUGUUCUUGGACAGCCAGCUCUUGGAUGCAGGUCCCCUGUCUUCCUGUCCGCUUGUGCGUGGCACUUCUUGUUAUUGCUGGAACUUAGUAGUAAACAGUGAAGUUGUUACGUUUUUAUCUUGAGAUUACUGUAACCUUAUCUCCUUUGUUUAAACCACGUUCAUGAAUGAGCAUCUGUUUUGGAAAACACACAGCACGUGGCUUACAGAAUACAUGGUUGCCUUGUGUUUGCCUGGCAGAAAUGUUAAAUUUCCUCAGUAAGAGAACAGUUCUACUUUAACAGUACUUAAAAUUCUUCUGUCAGUCUAUUUUAAAAAAUCCUCUGAGAUUAUUUUAUCUCAAUAAAUGGUACAGGAUUGGUUUUUUGUCUUUAAAGGUUGAUGGGUACAUGUAGAUUCCAAGUGGGCUCUCAAGAAGAAAGGGGCAAAAACUAUUGUGCCUUCAACCAGCAUUAGAAAAAUACUGAAGACAAACUUGGUUUUUGUCAGAGUCUGAUUUAUUAAAUGAAGGAAAACACAGACAUCUACGGGGACCAAGGAAUGAGCAGGAGGAAAGCAUAAAUGGUAGGAUGUCUUGGGAGGCACUGAAAUAAUUUGCAUGGAUAUAUAGUACUGCUGGACUUUAGGACAGCUGUGCAAACAUGUAAGGAUGGAGAUCUGGAAUACCUGGUGGGAAUAGGUAACCCUGGCUUUAGAGAAUGCACCUGGAAUUGGGAGAUCCUGCUGUGUUGCCUUGCCUUUGAAUUGCAGUAUUUCUCAGGAAUUCUUUGACCUUUUUCUGACCCAUCAAAGCCCUGAUCUGUGGGUAGUGAUAACACCUUAGGAAGAGGUGAACCUGGACAACUGGUGAAAGUACCUAGAGAAAGUUGAGGGGAAAAGUCCCCAUGGGCUGUGUUACCUGGUGCCAUUGGCUGGCAUCGUGAGCUGUAGCUAGUUAGGAUUUCUAGGCAGUGCUGCUGUUACUUUUCUGUUCAGUGUCUCCAUUCAGACUUGCUAAAAUGCUUUUGUGUGGUAUGUAAUGCUCUGAGAUUGAGCUUCUGCAGGUUUUGCUGCUCAUGCCUCCUUCUUCAAAUAGGCUUUCUGAAAAGGAGUCAUGACACAGAACUCCUUAACACGGAAAAAGGCUGUUUGCUACUCCCAGAUCACCUCCCUGCUUUAGCCUGUCUGUGUUGGGUUUUCUCUUAAGACUGUAGUUCAAGUAGUGGCAGUUGAAGUAAAAAUACCAAGUGUAUGUGCAGUAGUGCACUGAAGUUCUGUAGUGGCCCAAACACACUGUUACCAUCCUUGAAUUAUGAUACCUUUCUUUUUUUCUGGUUUGUGACUAUUUCUUUCUAAGCCAGGAUAUGCUCUCUGACUUCAGUGGGAGCUGAAGGUAGAGUUUUGGCAUGUGGAAGCCAUGGUUCUCUCUGCUGUCAGCAAGAUGUUUGUGGCCACAUGGAACCAGGCAGGGCUUGCUUUAAGCCAUGUGUACAUUACAGGGGUCUCCCUAAAUGUGCACCAGAGAGAAGGUGUCUGUGACCACAUGUCCUUGCCCAGUCACUCUGCAUGGCAUUUUAUUGUAUUUGCAGCCUGGUCAAUAAACACCACGUGUGUUUGGGGCUCCUUCACGUUAGUCACUAGACAAACAUCUAAUCAGCAGUAGGCGUGCUCGGAAAAGCAAGCCUACGCUUCAAAAAAAUCAUUUUUUGUGCAUCUGACAGCACUUUUUGUGUAUAAUAAUGGCAUAUUCUUUCCCGUCCCCUUUCUCUUUUGCUUGAUCCCACAGGGAGGUCAUAAUUCUGUGAUUUUCACCAAACUCUGUUGCAAUGCAAGUGAGUGUGAUGUGAUAAAUUCAGCAUUAUGACGUCACUUCGUGAUCACCAGCAGAAGAUGGGUCUGUCCAGUGAAGAUGCUGUGUGAGGCUGCUUUGAGAUGCUAACAGAGCUGCAUUGCAAACCCAGGAACCAGCAGUGGGAGAAGAAGUGGGUGACAGUUGGCGACACAUCCCUAAGGAUUUACAAAUGGGUACCAGUAACAGAGCCUAAAGUGGAUGAUAAAAAUAAGAGUAAGAAAAAGGGCAAAGAUGAAAAAUGUGGCUCUGAAGUGACCACUCCAGAGAACAGCUCCUCCCCAGGGAUGAUGGACAUGCAUGAUGACAAUAGCAACCAGAGUUCAAUAGCUGAUGCUUCCCCAAUAAAACAGGAAAACAGCAGUAAUUCCAGUCCAGCACCAGAGCAGAACUUGGCAACACAAGCAGAUGGCACUGAAGUCAAGUCUGACGAAACUCAGGCAGAGGCAAAGGAGCAGCCUGGUUCAGAAGAUACCUCUGAUGAACAGAAUUCACAGUCUUCAAUGGAAAAUUCCAUGAAUAGUUCAGAGAAAGCAGAAAUUCAGUCCUCUGGAGAAAAUGAUUUAAUUACAGAGGCAUCUAAAAACUCUCAGGACUCUGAAGGAGUGCCACCUUCUAAAAAGAUGAAAGUAGAGGCUUCCCAACAAAAUGUUGAAGAGAUUUAGACUAUAGAUUUUUCUGGUCAGUUUUUAUGUAAGGUACAUCAGUGGGCUUAAUUAUAGAACAACCUUACUUAAGCAUCUUCUCUUGGAUGAGGACAGAACUCCUAACUUUUCAAGUUACCAAGCAAAAAUCCAAGAAAGCCUAACAAAGGUUUAACUUCUCAGACACUGAAAACUUUUUCCUGUGAAACAAACAUUGAGAACUUUUAAGUUACUGUCUCUGAAAUGGUUGGAGUAAACAACUCAGGAGGGGUCUACGCACUGUUUCUAAAGUCAAAAUUACAAUUAUGUUGCUGCUGUAUUUUUUUUUUUCAUUUCUCUAUUUAACAUUGUAAGAUAUUUAAGGAUGGUACAGGUCAGGUAUUAGCUUUCAUGUGAAGUUCAUUGUUCUGGCGUGACGUCUGCUUUUGUUUUGUGCCUUGUGUUCUGAAAACAGUGCUAACUUUUAAAAGUUGUUUUGCAACUGUCUCCUUUGCAAAGUGGCCUAUGUUUGCAUAAUGCCAUGUAGUAAGGCUUUUUUUUUUUUUUCCUUUUUUUUUGGUUGGGGUUUUUGUUUCAUUUUUAAGUUUUAAAUCCCUGGUGCUUAAAUUUUUAAACAACUACAAAUCAGGAAGCCAUUUUCACUCUUGGAGUCCAAGGAGAAAAAGGAGCUUGAUACUUUAUUUUAGCAGCUAUAGUGGAGAUCUUUUAUUGAAUGCAUGGCAUUCGCAACUGUAAAUUUGGUCUUCUAAAUACUUAACUUCAUCAGAAGUUAACAUGAUCUGUUUACCAUUUAUAGUCCAGAUCUGAAUAGAUAUUAUAACACAGGCACUUAAAAUACUUACGUAUUAGGUCCAGAUCUCUGUACUGGGUACAACUUGCUUUACAGAAAAGUUCCACUAUGUACAUAAAUAGGAUCAAAGGGAUUGAUGCACAGUGAGUUUAUUUUCAAUUGGUCUUUUUUGAUAUCAUGUUUUCACUGAACUGGAUUUCAUUGUACUGUUUCAUUAUGAGAUGUUUACUUCUAUGUUCCAGGAAAAUACUGUAUUGGGGAGGGGGUUCCUUAUUCUCUUUCAGCAAGUCUUGUAAAUAAGCCUUGUUGUUUCCAUAGUCCAGUUCCUAACUCCAGCUAGGAAUGUUCCUGCUCUCUUCCAAUUAACGUUGAAGUGUGCUUAUGCUAACUAAACUAACGGAAAGGCACAAGGUAGGUGCAGCUCCCCUCAAAUUCCUGGCGAGCAGAAGUGUGGAACCCAUCUGCAUCAGGUCACGAGGGUCUGGUCUUCCAGUGAGGCUUUGUACUUCCAGGGAAUAAACACCCGGUGUCGGUGGAACCGCUGAUCUCCCGCUUCCAUGCACACACACACACACACACCCAUCCACGUGUCCAUCCGUGCUGCUGGAUCGGGGCCUUGCUCUGUCUUCUCCUGGAGUGGGAGAUGGAACUUGGGAUUUAAAAUACGAUCUCACAGCUCUGGAAAUGGUUGCGUGUAGUUUGUAAGCUGAAAAACUGUAAAUACUUUUUUAGAUGAAAAAAAAAAAAGAAAUUGCUUCCAGUUGAUAAUGUUUUUUCAUGAAUUAGGUCUUCUUGAAGCUUAUUUAGGUCUGAAUUCUCCAAUAGUGAAAAUGGCUUGCACUUAGACUACUGCAUUACGUUUGCAAUUACCACUUUAUUAGGAAAAAUAAUGAGGAACUGGGGGGAGGGAAAAGGGGAGGGAGGAGUGGGGAGCCAAUACUGACCUUCCAUAAGAUGUUUGUAGGAUUGAACCUCAAAUAAACCUAUGACACUCAACUUUUCCUUUAUGUUGAAAUAAAACAUUUUGGAUUUUAACUGAAUAAAAUUUGAUUGCAAAUCAUUCAUGAAAACAGCGUGCUCCCUAAUAAGAUUUUGGGAUUUCUGGUCUGAUCAUGAAGUCCAUUAACAUUCUGAAAAUAAGGAAAUGAGGAGCCAAAAAGUGAAUUUGCACAAUAUAUGCAAUGAAACGGUAGAAUUCUCUCUUGAAUUGUGUGUAUGCCUAAAAUGUGGAUAACUGGUCCAUGACAAUUGAUUUGUAUGUAUAUUACAUUCAGAUUUAAGUGAUAUUUUGUGAGAAGUUCUAUUGAUAUAUUAAAUGGGCAAAUCUAGAAAGAUUCAAACUUCUAAAUAUUUUUGAUUUAUUAACUUUUCGUUAUUCUUAAUGCUAAAACAAAACAAAUUGAUGCCACCUUUGACAAGUAGUCAUGUUUACUAAUCCCUCUCUUCAGGUGCAUCGCAGCAAGUUUUUAAUUUUCAUUUUGUAGAUGUUUCCAAGGGAGUAAAUAGACUUUUCAUUUAGGAACUAAUUCCUGUACUUUAGGAAGAAAUAAAAUAUAUAAAUAGCACUAAAAAUACCUCAAAUUUUUCAUUAGAUAGAAGCAUUUAUUGGCAUUAUUGACAUCAACAGGUUUAAUUAUAAACUUCCUUUUCUCUCCUGUGGCUUCUGCUCAGAACUGUUCAUUGUUCUGUGGCUAAUGAGACAAGGCAUCAUAACCAUCUUCCUAGAGGCUUUAUUUCUGAGGUAGAAAUCCUUUAUUUACAGCUUCUACAGAAUGCAUUCAGAUCUUUUAUUUUAACCAGAGAUUCUAGUGACAACAGACAACUGAACAAGCAGAUAGAUUUGGGUUCCUUAGACCUGUUAUUGUCAGUCUCUGAUGGAAGAGACUUUGACAUUAUCUGGUAUGAAGAAAUCCAAAAUAGUGUAUAAGACUGUUAUUAGUCUUUCUUUGAAGUGCCUGAUAACAUUUAUGGGCCAACGGAUGUGAUUGAACACAUUUUAAUGCCAGAAAGUACAGAUGGGACCAAACCAGAACUUGGAAUUCAAAUCCACCUGAGGUUUGAAACCAGAUCUAAAUCCAGCUUUCUUUGGCUUGGACCUAUCUCUACCCAAAACUUGUUUUAUGAACUCACUGUAAAAGGGUUUAUUGAAAGCAUUGAGAGGUGGAGCAGGAGGAGAGAUGUAAUUUUUUUCAAGAUGACUGAAAGUUCUCAUACAGCUGAUGUUUUAGAAAUAGUGCAAAUAUCAAGAAGUGCUUCCUUGCUACAAUGCUGAAUGUUGGAGCUUCAGUUACAAAUAAAUAAAUAAAAAAAAAAAUUAACAAAAAAAUAUUAAAAAGGAAAAAAAAAAGAAACUAGAAGCAAGCAAGUAAUUUAGCUGAGUUUGUGGAACACGUGGGAAGGCCUUCCGGAUAAUCGAUUUACUCAGCCAAACAUUUUAUAGCAGAACUAUUCCUUGGAAUUUUUAUGCUUGGGAAAGUAGUUGUUAAACAUUCCAAAAAGUGCUGGCACUUACAAAACAACAACAAAAAAAAUAAUCAACAAGGCAGUAUAAAAUAUCGGUUUUGGGUGGCUAUCUUCAUACAUAAACAUUGUCAUGUUUUGGAAUGUUCUUUAUAUCUAAGGGCCUGUUAGAAGGUGUAAAGAAUUUUGUUUUCUUCAAUACCUAAUCGUUUUCCAUCUUAUGAUUUGUGUGUGUGUGUGUUGUACAGCAGUAUAAUUUUUCACUUAUUUAUUCCAUCGGUAGUUAUGGUUUGUACAAUGUACAAUGGUUUCAUUUCAAAAUAAAAUCAAAAAUCACAACAUGAA